UGCACCUGCCGAGACCAGCGCAGCUCCAAUAGAAGCAAAGCAGAGAUUGUUGUUACAACCUUACCAUCCAAACCGAUUGAGGUCUUUAUUGAGGAGCCCAAACUACAGAGUAUGAAUGUGGGAUCUACAGUGAGCUUCAUCUGCACAGCCAAAAGCAAGCUGCCAGCGUACACCCUGGUUUGGACCCGCAAUGGCAUCGGCAAGCUGCCUAACCGGGCCAUGGAUUUCAAUGGAAUCCUGACCAUUCAGAACGUGCAGCCUGAGGACGCAGGCAUCUAUGUUUGCACGGGCUCCAAUAUGCUUGGCAUGGAUGAGGGCACAGCCAGACUCUAUGUCCCAGGUUUGUGAUUGGCACCACAUCUCCUCUAAACCUCCCUGCCUUUUAGUUUUUCAGUCUUUCUCAAUUUGCACGCCUCUUUGCUUUCCUUCAUUGCCCCAUUU